CAAAUUUCAAAUUAAACUCAAGUCACAUCGAUAACGGUCACAUUGACAUUUCAAUGGAAGUACAAGCAGGCAGAUUUUAAUUUUGAUCUUAUCCGUUAUUUUCUUUCACUUACUGAGUUUUUUAAUUGAACUUCAAUAUACACUCUACAAAUAUCUAAAAAAAUCUACUAUAUUCUAUGUAAAAUGGCCGAAAUCAAGAAUAAAAAGUGUGGUACUGAAGAUCAGAGUAAUACAAAGCAAAAAGAUUUAGUUCACUCCACACCGAAAUUGAAGAGUACACGACCUCCAGCAAGGACAGUUUUAAUGGACAGUACAAAUACCAAAGAAAAAAAAGAUUCCCCGGUGGCCAGAUCUCGUAAUACCAAAGUUAAUGAUCUGGCCGCGGAAGGAGCCAGUCAGAAUCGAAAGCCAGAAGUUGGUAAAACAUCUCAAAGUAAGAAUCCUAGCAAUACUAAACAAGAUAAAAAUGUACAUAAGUGGACUUUGGCUGAUUUCGAUAUAGGUAAGCCCCUCGGUAAAGGAAAAUUUGGAAAUGUGUAUUUGGCUCGUGAAAAACGUACUAAAUUUAUAGUGGCUUUGAAAGUGUUAUUCAAGAAUGCAAUAAAUAGUUAUAAUAAUGAGCAUCAAGUACGUAGGGAAAUUGAGAUUCAGACACACCUGAGGCAUCCAAAUAUAAUUCGCAUGUUUGCUUAUUUUCACGAUGAAACUAGAGUUUAUCUUGUUUUGGAGUAUGCUCCUAAUGGGACGCUAUAUAAAGCUCUGCAAUCUGCUCCAAAUAAACGAUUUCAUGAACCUAUAACUGCCAACUAUUUUGCGCAAGUGACCGAUGCUCUAAAAUACUGUCAUGCACAUAAAGUGAUCCACCGUGAUAUUAAACCGGAGAAUUUGCUGCUUGGUCCUGCAGGGGAAAUCAAAAUAGCAGAUUUUGGUUGGUCUGUACAUGCACCUUCUUCUAGACGAGAGACACUUUGUGGAACUUUAGAUUACCUUCCUCCAGAAAUGGUUUUGGGUAAGCCUCACAAUGAAAAGGUCGACCUUUGGAGUCUGGGAGUGUUAUGUUAUGAGCUUUUGGUGGGUCGUCCCCCAUUUGAAACAGAAAGUUAUGAGAACACUUAUAAUGCUAUCCGCACAAUUAAAUAUUCAUUUCCCGAUUAUGUUUCUGCAGAAGCUAAGGAUCUUAUCAGCAAACUGCUUGUGCUAGAUCCUGAUGAAAGAUUGAGUUUAGAAAAUAUUUUAAAGCAUCCUUGGGUUUUAAAACAUGUUGAGAAAUAAUUUAUUGAAUAUGUGAUUAUUCUUUUUUAUUGCCAUUGUAAGACUUUGUUAUGUAUAUAGGGUAAAGUGAUAAUGACCUUGUUUGAUUGCAUUCCUUUUAACAAAAUUCAUGAAAUACAUAACACAUUCUGGUUAUUCCUUCUUAUUUGUAUUUCGUUGUUGCAAGAUUUUAAAUACAGGAUGGAUGUAAUCGAAAUAUUUCAUCAUUUCUAUUCCCAGAUGAUUAGUCCCAAGAUUAUUGAAAAUAAAAUCUAUUUUGUUAAAAUUGAGGUACAACAGAACAUUCACUGUAAAUGAAAUUCAACAAAUGAGAAUUCUCAAAACUUUGUGGUUUGUUAUCUUUUAUGCUUUCAAAGGAUCACAUUUUUUAAUAUUAUGACAAGAACUUGGGAAUAUUUUUCCUAUCUUUUAUUGAAUAAAGGCAUUCUGUAUAUCAAAAUUUUUGCUCCCAUUUGUAAAAUGAAAAUGACUUUUCUUACUUAUUAGUCAAACUGGUUUUAUGUACUAUAAAUUUGAUUCAGAAUCCUAGAUUAAUAUACUUUUCUCAGAUUUUGCUGAUGCCAUAAAUUAUUGAAAUGAAGACUGAGAUAUCAAGUUUCUUGGUUUCCUUUGGAAACAUAGUGUAUUUUAAUCGGUAAAAAAUUGUUAUAUUUUGUACUCAAUAAUUUUCAGUUUUGUAAAAUAUGUAAUGAUUUAAUAUAUUUUGAUUAUAA